AUGGAGAAGAAUAAAGAGAACUUACCAUGGGUGGAGAAGUAUAGACCUGAGACCUUGGAUGAAGUGUAUGGUCAAUCUGAAAUUGUUGAUACCGUUCGCAAGUUUGUGCAAGAGGGUAAACUUCCUCAUUUACUAUUCUAUGGGCCUCCGGGGACCGGGAAAACGUCCACCAUCAUUGCAUUAGCACGAGAGAUCUAUGGACCCAAGUACAAGAACAUGGUGUUGGAGUUGAACGCUUCGGAUGAUAGAGGUAUCGAUGUGGUGAGAAACCAGAUCAAAGACUUUGCUUCCACCAUGCAAAUCUUUAGUAAAGGCUUUAAGUUGAUUAUCUUGGACGAAGCAGACGCCAUGACAUCGGUUGCUCAAAACGCCUUGAGAAGAAUCAUCGAAAAGUAUACCAAGAACACUCGGUUCUGUAUUUUGGCCAACUACUCCCACAAGUUGAACCCAGCGUUGGUGUCCAGGUGUACUCGCUUCCGGUUUCAACCUAUCCACACCGAUGCCAUACGGGAAAGAUUGAAGAACGUGGUUAUCAAGGAGAAGAUCACCAUCAAGCCAGAUGCCAUUGAGUCACUUUUGACGUUGUCCCAAGGAGAUAUGAGAAGAGCCUUGAAUGUGCUACAAAGUUGUAAGGCAUCUUUGGAUAAUCCUGACGACGAAAUUGACGAGGAAAUGAUAUAUAACUGCAUAGGUGCUCCCCAGCCAAAGGAUGUGGAAACCGUGUUGGACUCGAUCUUGAAAGACGAUUGGACUACUGCUUAUUUAACAAUGGACAAGUUCAAGAGAGUCAAGGGGUUGGCGUUGAUAGACUUGCUUGAGGGGUUCGUUGGAAUAUUGAACAAGUAUGAAUUGGACAAGCAGACGAAAAUCAAGAUCUUGAAGGGCUUGAGUGAAGUUGAGUACGGUAUUUCGAAGGGGGGAAACGAUAAGAUUAACUCGAGUGCCAUUAUCGGUGUGAUAAAAGACGCAUUUGAGAGCCAGGUGGUUGAGGUAUAA